CCCACCACGCGCCCCAACCUCCAAAAAAAAAGAGAGGAAAAGGAAACGCCCCCCAAAUCGGAAUCCGCACGCACCCAUGGCCGCCGCCGCCCUCCUCCGCCGCUCGCCGGCGGCGCGCGCGCUCCUCUCGCCGGCCCUCUCGUCCCGCCUCGUCGCGUCCAAGCCCCACUCCUCGUCCCCCGCGCCCCCGCCCCCGCCGAAGGCGUCCUCCGAGAUGAAGACCUUCUCGAUCUACCGGUGGGACCCGGAGUCGCCGUCGACGAAGCCGCACCUCAAGGACUACCAGGUGGACCUCUCCGACUGCGGGCCGAUGGUGCUCGACGCGCUGCUCAAGAUCAAGAACGAGCAGGACCCGUCGCUCACCUUCCGCCGCAGCUGCCGCGAGGGCAUCUGCGGGAGCUGCGCCAUGAACAUCGACGGCGACAACGGCCUCGCCUGCCUCACCAAGAUCUCCGCCGCCUCCUCGGCCUCCACGGUCUCGCCGCUGCCCCACAUGUUCGUCGUCAAGGACCUCGUCGUCGACAUGACCAACUUCUACAGCCAGUACAAGAGCGUCGAGCCGUGGCUCAAGCGCAAGGACCCGCCGCAGCAGGAGGGCAAGGAGAUCCUGCAGACCAAGGCCGACCGCGCCAAGCUCGACGGCAUGUACGAGUGCAUCCUCUGCGCCUGCUGCUCAACCUCGUGCCCAUCCUACUGGUGGAACCCGGAGGAGUACCUCGGCCCGGCCGCGCUGCUCCACGCCAACAGGCUUCCGCUGUGGGGGACGCUUAUCAAACCAAAACCCAACAUGUUCAUGCACCUUCAAGCUCGAGGAUACCAUGGGGUGACAGAGAAGAGAAACCUGCUGGACCACAAACGUAGAUUGCUUGCAGAAAAAUAUGAGCUAAGAGGAAAGCUGUAUAAGGCUGUCUGUAGGGACCCUGAUCUUCCGUUGGAUAUGCGGGAAGAGUUCCGCUAUAAGUUGUCAAAGUUGCCAAGAAAUAGCUCAAUGACACGCCUUAGAAACCGCUGCAUUUUCACAGGCCGGUCUCGUGCUGUCUACAAGAAAUUCCGCAUGUCCCGUAUUAUGUUCCGCACAUUGGCAAACAAGGGUGAACUGACGGGGGUAAAGAAAGCAUCUUGGUAGAAGUUAACAAACCAGUAGAUCAAAGCGCUAGCUCUGCAGUAGUCCAGCUAAAUAAGGUGGAUACAGGACAGCCGUGACCAGUUCACCAAGGAGCGCCUGGAUGCCAUCAAUGACGAGUUCAAGCUCUACCGCUGCCACACCAUCAAGAACUGCACUCACGCCUGCCCAAAGGGUCUGAACCCGGCUAAGCAGAUCGACACGAUCAAGAAGCUCCAGAUCGACACCUAAAAGUCUUGGCCCCCAUAAAAACGAACAUGGAUGGGAUGGAGCAGACCUGUGGAAAUUUGUGAUGAACAUGCCUUUUGUUUCGCGUCAUGGUCUCUACCUGACGAAUAAUUCCUGCUUGGGGCCUCCACUCUGGUGCUUGCAAUUAUCAGGUGGAGGUAGAUUAGGGAGUGAAUAAUUGCUACCGUAUUUCAUUUUUAUGUGCUGUAUCUAAUUUGAUCGUCUGCCUUGCCUUGCA